AUGGGUGAACCUGACGGUCACUGGCCGAAUGGCAAAGGGGAGGGAGCUAGCAAACAAUUUCAGCCCAAAAAGUAUAAAGACGGAGGACAGGAAUGGCGAAAGGAAAGAAAAGAGGGCACCACACAACCGAUUUACGGAUUCACACCAUUCAAAACAAAUUCUCUCAGCAGAGCAACAACUCCGCUAGCUCCAAUUUCCGAGCAGAGUUCACAGAGUGGGACCUUGCGCCCAACAGGUAAAUCGAAUCCGUUCGUGUACCCUAAUCAGCCUCCUACGCGAAAUGGCUUUCAAGUACACGAACUACCUCAAUACCAUUCAACUCCGAAAGCAACUCACAAUACACUCAUUCGACCGGAAAGUGCCAUACCAAUGUCGAGAGAACAGAAACUUACAUGGGGUCGAUUGCCACCUCAAGCAGGUUUUCGUUCUGUUUCUGCGAUGGGUCAACAGAUACGUCCUCCCAGUAGACAAAGUGACACCGGCAUUGCACAAUGCGUUGGAUCGCGAUAUCAGUCAUACUGUACACUUCCGCGACCUGAAGAGGUUGACGCGGAGACGCUCAGUGAGAUGCAUUCCAAUCUUCAUGCAUUUUAUGGACCCACAAUACCAAAGGUGGUCUCUCGUCCUCCUUCUGUGGCCACACUUGUGCCCGGCUUAGCGCCUGGGAUGGCGUCUGACUUCAUUCGCCCGCCUACGGGCUUGCCCGCCGCAACUGUCGCCAUGGGUGCUCCUUCGCCAAAAAAACCGACAGAAAUUGUCAGUUGGAAUACGCUUAGCUUAAUAUGCAGUAUGCAAGUAUUGUGUUCGUUGGCCAUUUUUGGCCUUGGUGUGGGCCGUAUGUUACAAGGAGCGAAAUGGGCUAUUGGUGUCGAACUCGUCUACGCUCUUGUUGUUAUGAUUGCCGGACUUUCUGGGAUUUAUUCCGUACGACAACGAAGCUAUGCGGCUGCAACUUUCUCUUUCGGUCUCACAACAAUCAGCACAAUCCUGGCUGUUCCACCGUUUGGACUGGGGAUUUUUCCGACCAUACCUUGGGCAUUCUCGGAGGCAACGCCAUCGGUUUGGAUUAAUCCAAGUGAACCGCUAGAGUUAGACUUGGGUUUGAGCUUGAUUGUGCUUAUUCAGAAACCACAGCGAAAGCCUAGAGUUUGGGCUUUGAUUUGCGGAAUCCAGCAUGAUUCAUCGUUCCCCAACCGUCGUAUCAAACGACGUGGAAACUGCGUUUGUCCCUACGAGGGGAAAAUGAGCGGAGUCACGGUAGCUACCGUAAUGCACAGCCCGAACUCUAGGCUUUCCGGACCAGGUCAAAAUCGUGAUACGCCGCCUUUAACCUGUCAUAUACUACCAACUCUGCUUUGA